GAAGCAAAAUUUAGGUGUUGUACUGGUUCUUUCCACAGUGCCACUCACAACAGACUCUGCCAGCUCGAUUUCCUCAUAGGGCUACAGCAGGGAGCUGGAAUUGAAGAUGGUGAAGGCAACAAACGAGUAUAUUCUGAGAGCAACUCCCUCGCACCGGUAACCCAACAUGCAUCACCAUACUAUUGGCAUCUCCGGAUUCAUAUGCAUUUUGUGAAGUGGGAUGAAACAAAGUAUGAGCAUCUAGUAGGUGACUUCUUAUUGAACAACCACACAACAGCAUGGGGAAUAGUUCAAGAAAGCCUAGAAAUCCUCAAGACAACAAGGCAGAUGGACCCCAACUUUGAACCUGAUGUGCAAUGCCCACAAUGGCUGGAUGAAGAGUGCAACUACAUAUCCUCGCUUCAGUUUGAGCCCCAAGAUGAAAAGGCGAAGGUCGUGUAUUUAGAGGCUGUCAUA